CGGGCCGAAACUAGGAAGAAACUUGGAGCUGCUGAGGCUCCGGAGUGGUCGCCGCCGUCGCCGUGCCCCGUGCUCCGCGCUGCGCGGAGCUGUGGGAGGCCUGGCCAUGGGGCGGCGCCGGGCCCGCUCGGCCUAGGCGCGCGGCCUCCCGCGGCCUCCCCUGACGGACCGGGCGCGGGCGCGCGGGAGGCUGCGAGUCAGCCGCGGCCACCGCCGCCGGCCUGGGUGCCGGCACCAUGAACAUCGACGUGGAGUUCCAUAUCCGGCACAACUACCCCUGGAGCAAGCUGCCGGCCAACGUGAGGCAGAGUCUUGGAAAUUCACAGCGGGAAUAUGAAAAGCAGGUUGUUUUGUACAGUAUCCGCAAUCAGUUGCGCUACAGAAGUAACCUAGUUAAGCAUGUCAAGAAAGAUGAACGCAAGUACUAUGAGGAACUACUGAAGUACAGUCGUGAUCAUCUCAUGCUCUACCCUUACCACUUAUCGGAUAUUAUGGUGAAGGGCCUGAGGAUAACACCAUUUUCAUACUAUACUGGGAUCAUGGAGGACAUUAUGAACAGUGAGAAAAGUUAUGAUUCCUUGCCUAAUUUUACUGCUGCUGACUGUCUGAGACUUCUUGGCAUAGGAAGAAACCAGUACAUUGACCUUAUGAAUCAGUGCAGGUCAUCAAAAAAAUUCUUCAGAAGGAAAACUGCCCGAGACCUUCUACCAAUAAAACCAGUAGAAAUUACCAUCGAGGCGUGGUGGGUAGUACAAGCUGGAUAUAUCACAGAGGAUGACAUCAAGAUAUGUACUUUUCCUGAGAAAUCCACCAUUGAUAAGAUCAUCGAUUCAGGUCCCCAGCUCUCUGGAUCACUAGAUUACAAUAUAGUACAUAGUUUGUAUAAUAAAGGGUUUAUCUAUCUGGAUGUACCAAUAUCAGAUGACAGCUGUAUAGCAGUUCCUCCUCUUGAAGGUUUUGUAAUGAAUCGAGUACAAGGUGAUUAUUUUGAAACUCUACUCUAUAAGAUAUUUGUGUCAAUAGAUGAGCACACUAAUGUUGCAGAGCUUGCAAAUGUCCUUGAGAUAGACUUAUCCCUGGUUAAGAAUGCUGUUUCAAUGUAUUGCCGAUUGGGCUUUGCCCAUAAGAAGGGACAAGUAAUAAAUUUGGAUCAACUGCAUUCAACAUGGAAGAAUGUUCCAUCUGUAAACAGAUUAAAGAGCACUUUAGAUCCACAAAAGAUGCUCUUAUCAUGGGAUGGCGGGGAAAGUAGGAGUCCUGUGCAAGAAGUUUCUUCGGCUACUGACACUGAUACCAAUAGUCAAGAAGAUCCAGCGGACACAGCCAGUAUAAGCAGUUUGAGUCUGUCCACAGGAUAUACCAAGCGUAUUGCAUUCCUAUUUGACUCCACUCUUACUGCGUUUUUAAUGAUGGGGAAUCUUUCACCAAACUUGAAAAGUCAUGCAGUCACAAUGUUUGAAGUGGGCAAACUCUCCGAUGAAUCUCUGGACAGCUUCCUUAUAGAACUAGAAAAGGUUCAGAGCACUGGUGAAGGAGAAGCUCAGAGAUACUUUGAUCAUGCACUCACUCUGAGGAACACAAUACUCUUUCUGCGUCAUAAUAAAGAUCUGGUUGCUCAGAGUGCUCAGCCAGAUCAACCCAGUUACGGUUUCCCUCUGGACCUCUUACGUUGUGAAAGCCUCCUUGGGUUGGAUCCCGCAACUUGUAGCAGAGUUCUAAACAAAAAUUACACGCUCCUUGUUUCCAUGGCUCCUCUCACCAAUGAGAUCCGGCCCGUCAGCAGUUGCACUCCUCAGCAUAUUGGACCAGCUAUUCCAGAAGUCAGUUCUGUCUGGUUUAAAUUAUAUAUUUACCAUAUCACUGGGCAAGGACCACCAUCUCUCUUAUUGUCUAAAGGUACAAGACUUCGGAAACUGCCACAUAUAUUCCAGGGUUAUGAUCGUUUACUUAUAACAUCCUGGGGCCAUGAUCCUGGGGUAGUUCCUACAUCAAAUGUGCUUACGAUGUUGAAUGAUGCUUUAACCCAUUCUGCAGUGUUAAUUCAGGGACAUGGUUUGCAUGGAAUAGGAGAAACUGUCCAUAUUCCAUUUCCGUUUGAUGAGACAGAACUACAAGGAGAGUUUACUCGUGCCAGUAUGGGCGUUCAUAAAGCAUUGCAAACUUUGAGGAACAAAGUGGACUUGCAGCAUUUCUGUGGCUAUGUCACCAUGUUGAAUGCUUCUAGCCAGUUUGCAAGUAGAAAGCUCAGUGAUGCCUCUGAUGAGAGAGGAGAUUUGGCUUCUGGUUCAGAUGCAAAUGGGAGUACAGAAUCAUUUGAAAUGGUCAUUGAGGAAACAUCUAUAGAUUCUGCAACAAAACAAAACUCUGGUGCCACAGCAGAAGCAGAUUGGGUUCCUCUUGAGCUGUGUUUUGGAAUUCCUUUGUUCAGUUCUGAAUUAAACCGGAAAGUUUGUCAGAAGAUUGCUACACAUGGCCUUUGCAGAAAAGAGAGCCUUCAAAGCCUCUUACAUUCCAGUAGAAAACUCUCUCUACAAGUCCUUAACUUUGUUCACUCAUUCCAGGAAGGUGCUUCAACUCUGGAUGUUCACAUGGAGCCCAGUCUCUCAAGUUUGCUUUCACAGUCAUCCUAUGCUGAUAUGGGAGUUCCACUUCCUGCAAAAAACUUAAUGUUUAAAGAUGGCCUCUUAGCAGAAUGGAACGGACGGUCACCUUCUUCCCUUCUCAUUGCUAAUCUCCAUUUGCAAUAAUGCCAUCACACCAGUUUUUGCUCACACCUUCUGCCUUUUUUCUUUUUUUUUUUAGACAUUGGCUUUAUAGUGUCAGCCACUAAAAAGCAUCCUGCUGCCACAGUGCAAUCCCUGCUUCACUGAUGGGGAAGGUCUGGAACGUGUUCAUAUUUUCUGAAAUGUCGCUCAUUAUUGCACAUCUUACUGCAACAAGUGCUUUUUAGCAGCCAGCACUGUAUUUUUUACCUUGAGACAAUCUGCAUUUCUUUUAUAAAACUAAGGGUGUACUUUAUAGGCUUUAGAUGACUGUUACGUUUAUAAGCAGUCACUAUGAAUAUUGCAAUGGUAAUUUUAUAUGUUAGUUUAAUGGACAUAAAUCUUGUUUAAUUUUAUAUUUUGUUAACUACACUUUAGGGGAGCAAGGGAAGAGAUGGAACUCUUCCUCUGAAAAGGCUUCUUGGUUCUGAAAGUAGUCAAACUAGAAAAGUAAGCAUCCAGUAUUGAGAGUUGAUACACUAGGGCAUUAAGAAUUCCAUGGGUGUCUGUAAAUUAUGUCAGUUGAACAUUGCUGACGUAAAGAUCAGAUAGUUCUGUGAUGGUAACCUCGAUCUACAAGGUCUUAACUCUGUCCAUUGACAUCUCAUGAGACACUUUGGAAAUGCUUUAUUUUUAAAUGAUGUCUAUAUGUUGUCUUCUGUUGUCACUCACUUUGGGCUUUAUAUUUUCAUAGAGUCUUUACCGAAAAGUAGAAUUUAUUUUCCACUUGUAGUUGAGGCUGUUGCAUGACUCAUAUUUUUGUCUUGUGGCUUUACCAAUGAAUUGUUACUGCAAUUGAAUUCCAUGUUUUCAAACCAAGGAUCAUGAUUUUGGAUUAAAAUUCAGAUUAGAAGCAUCAAAGCUAUGUCUUUGAUUGAGACAGUUCAGUGAUAAAGUGAUUAUGGAGACAUGAACAUCUGGAGCUGAAAUUUAUGUUCAUAGUUUUGGAGGAAAUGAUAAGGAAAGCUGAAUAAUUUCCAAAUGUUUCCUCAGUCAUUAAUAUCUCAAAUGUCAGAAUAUUUGGAAUCAUCUUUUAGACUUUUCAGGUUCCCUCUCUUGGGAAGUUUGUGCAGAGUUAUAGUUUGGUUGAGUUUCUCUUAAAGGGUAAUGGUUUGCUUGCUUAAAACUAACCAAACCAUCUGGUCAAACAGCAAUCAGAAACCCUUAAAGCAUUACAGAGUUUGAGAAUAUUAGAGCCUAACACUUUUGCUGAUGGCUUUUGUUAUUUAUAGAAGUGGUGUGUGUAUGUAAUGUACUUCUGGAAGUAUAUGCCUUUCUUAAAACCGUUAAUAUAGCCAUGCAUUUAAUACCAUGGCCUAUCUGUAGAACUGAGUAUUUUGGACCAGGUUACCUGUGGCACAGUUAGUGCUGUUUGGGGGUAAAUGUGGUAAUGUUUAGUUUUCUACUUUGUCUUAUAUAAGGUAGAAACAAUGUGUAUGUUAUGUCUGUCUAUAAAAGGAAAAGUACAUAUUAAUAUUAAAAUUAAUUUCUUAUGACUGUGAAUCACUCAUUUAUUUUUCCAAUAAUUGAUACUGUACAUUCCUAGUGCUAUUAGUUUUAUAUAUAUAAAAUGUAACUUUUACAGUUUUCAACUGACAGGUGUAUUUCUUUUGAUCAGGGCUCUUUAAUCUCAUUUUCAAUUUGCUGUUUGAAUUAACUGUAGAUAUUUAUCUUUGUAUUAACAGUCCACACCAACUCUAAUGAUAUGUACACUAAUAAAGAAUUGAACAAUUUCAGUUAUUGACAGUGGAUCCAGUUACUGCUGAGUUUAAAGCUUAAAAUAUUAGAGUGAUUUGCUGCUGUAUUUCCUUUGAGAGAUAGGAAGGAAGAAAUAGAACCUAACAAUGAUCAUGAACUUCAGGGAAACUACUGAAAAGACAUGGUUCAUCUCUUAUUUUUUUGUGUUGAAAGGGGAGAAUGAAAUCAUCAGAUUCCCAGCUGAGGACCCCUCAUCCUCUUACAAGGGAUCGUUUACAUUUUUAGAGCUGUAUUGACAGAUGUGAGAUGCUGGUGUGCUUUGCUUUAUGAAUGUGGCUUGUUCCAUUAGUGUAACUCAAGUAUAAAGAUGCAUCUGUUACUUUGAUACAAAAACAAACUAGCCUUCAUUCUUUGCCAAAGAAGAUUGAUGAAAGCUCUGUCCAAUUAUUUUACAAAUGUUGAUUUCAUUUGGCUUUGCACCACCUCCUCCCUUUCUUUUCCUUAACCCUUAUUGUAGCUCAAACCAUGACAAGCAAACAUUGUUUAAAAACCAAGAAAAAGAGCUACUAACACCAAAAAGGGCAUAAAAUUUAGUAGGGGUACAGUUUCACCUCACAAAGGGGUCUAAAGAAAUGCAACUAUCUCAUUUAAGAAAUGGGAUCAUCUGAUUUCCUUAGCGUCUUUCUUUUUUAAAGUAUCAGUCAGGUGGUUCGAUAUUUGUGUAGGGGAAGAAUAGUUUCUCUUAACGAGGUAUUUCAUUUUCUCUGCCAUUCACAUUUCUUUUUUUAUGUUCAGUGUUUCGAAUACAGUUUGUAUUAAAAGACUUUAAAGUACCAAAACUAUAACUCAGUACAGUGGAUUGUUUUCUGUUAUGAUGUUAAUAUUAUACAAUGAAAUUGUAUGAAGUAUUGUCAGUUUGAUUAUUUGUAACAUGUUUACAAAUAAACGGUGGUGUUGAUCAA